AUGUAUUCGGGAAAUGAUAAUUGGUCGUAUGAAGAAUCAAAUAACAAUGAAAAAAAGAAAAGUCGUUUAGAAAAUAGUUCAAUAAAACGUGAAAAUAAUUCUUCAUCAACUCAUACACAUGUUCAUCAUCAUCAUAUUCAUCAUCAUCUCGUACUUGACGAUCAAACUCCAUCUGAUUCAAAUACAAAUACAUCGACAAAUCAGAAAAAACGAAAACAUUGUGAAACAUUAAAUUCAAAGAAUACAACAACAAAUUCAACAAACGAUGGAGAUUAUCAAUUAGUUCAAAAUGAAAUUUUAUAUUCAAUGACAAAUUCUUAUGAAGUUUUAGAAUACUUAGGUCGAGGAACAUUUGGACAAGUGGUCAAAUGUUGGAAAAAAGGUACAAAUGAAGUUGUAGCAAUAAAAAUCUUAAAAAAUCAUCCAUCAUAUGCUCGUCAAGGACAAAUUGAAGUUUCAAUUUUAUCACGUCUUGGUCAAGAAAAUGCUGAUCAAUUUAAUUUAGUUCGUGCAUAUGAAGUGUUUACACAUAAGAAUCACACAUGUCUUGUUUUUGAAAUGUUAGAACAAAAUUUAUAUGAUUAUUUAAAACAACAAAAGUUUUCUCCACUUCCGUUAAAAUCAAUUCGUCCAAUUAUUCAACAAGUGUGUGUUGCUUUAGCUAAAUUAAAACAAUUAGGUCUUAUUCAUGCAGAUACAAAACCAGAAAAUAUUAUGUUAUUAGAUCCACGUCGACAACCAUUUAAAGUAAAAUUAAUUGAUUUUGGAAGUGCAUCACCUGUUGAAAAAGCUAUUCAAUCAACUUAUCUUCAAUCACGUUAUUAUCGUGCUAUUGAAAUUCUUCUUGGUCUACCAUUUAAUGAAUCAAUUGAUAUGUGGUCACUUGGUUGUGUUAUGGCUGAACUUUUUCUUGGUUGGCCACUUUAUCCAGGUUCAUCAGAAUAUGAUCAAAUUAGAUAUAUAUCACAAACACAAGGUUUACCUUCACAAAUUAUGUUAGAACAAGGACAAAAAACGUCGAAAUUUUUCUAUUUUAACAAUUAUCAAUGGAAAUUAAAAUCACCUGAACAAUAUGAAAGAGAAACGGGAAUUAAAUCUAAAGAAGCAAGAAAAUUUAUUUUUAAAAAUAUUGAUGAUAUUCAACAUAUUCAUUUAAAACAAGAUUUUCUCCCAAAUCAAUUACAAGCAGAAAAAUUAGAUCGAUUGUUUUUUGUUGAUUUACUUAAAAAAAUGAUUCAUUUGGAUCAAAAUUUAAGAAUUACACCUAAUCAAGCAUUNAAUGACUGA